AGAUAAGCAGAGAACAGAGACAUGAAGGCCAGUUCACACAGAGAGGACGGAGACAUGGACGCAAUUCAUCCACAACUCUUCAGCUUCUUCCUGUUUUUCCUCCAAACCUCCACCGUGACAGCGAACAUCUGCGACGCCCCUUCCGCCGUAAACUUUGCAGAAAACAACAAAGUGGGCGAUCCUGUGACAACCAUCUUUGUCCAAGCUGGAGUGAUCCUUGAACUGACCUCCACAGACAUCCCCUUUAGACUUGAUGCAAACCAGCUAAUAGCUACAGCUGUGCUGGACUAUGAAAACACAGAGACCCAAAUCUUUUCUGUUGGCGUCCUCUGCAGGUUAGAAGAAGUAUCUCAAAGAACCCUCAGAAUCACCAUUCUUGUGGAAAAUCUAAACGACAACCCGCCCGUUUUUGACCAGAAUGUGUACCACGCCAGUGCCAACGAGCUGUCUCCCAUAGACACAACUGUAGGAAGGUUUGCUGCCACAGAUGCUGAUGGACCUCGGAUCUUCUACCAGCUGGCAUCUUCCCCAAGUGAGUUUAAACUCAAGUCAUCCAUUAUCCCAGAAAUCCUCGUUAACGGGCGCCUCGACUAUGAAAAAGUCAAAGAGUAUCAGCUUGUGCUGGAAGCCCAGGACACGCCGCUGGCGUCACCACCUGAGGAAACCUCUUUUACUGCCACCACAACCAUCAUGAUCUCCAUCUUGGAUGUUGACAACAGACCUCCUUGGUUCCAACCUUGCCACCAAACUGAAGUGAAUGGAGCUGUGGUCUGUGAGACAACUGGCUACACUGGCAAAGUUGACCUAGAUGAACAAGUGACUGGAGUCCUACCCCUGAAACCAGGUCCUCUCUAUGCCAUUGAUGGAGACUUUGGGAUAAAUGAGCCGAUUAGAUACUCGUUCCUUUCCGAAAAUGAACCGGGCCUUUUUGUAAUCAACCAAGACACCGGAAACAUCACCAUGUCGAGGCCAGCCGAUGUACUGGAGCCAAUCAGACUGACAGUUCUGGCUGCACAGAGGACCAACACUCACCAGUUUUCUACAACUAGUGUUCUGAUCGACGUCAUUGUGAAGAGCCUUCACGCACCGCAGUUUCAGAGGCCUGAGUACGAAGCUCUCAUCACCUCAACAGGCUCAAUGGCAGUGGACCCAAAGAACAACCAGCCAUUACAGAUCCUGGCCACGGAUGAUGACUAUUCUGCUACUGGGGGAAUUAAUCCCUACAUAACUUAUUCAGUUGAAGGAAGCAGUGACCUUGCUAUUGUUGGAAGCUACUUGUUCAUGGUCAAAACUCUCCCAGAAGGCACAUCCUCCUUCCAAAUUUUGGCCAAAGACACAAAGACUGAUGAUACAGCAACAGCGCGACUUCGGGUGGAGGUGAAUGUGGGUUCUUCCACCAGCAGUUUGCCCCCGAGCACCACAGACAUUACGAGCACAAGCGUGACCAUGGAAGAAUCCACUGCCAGUGGCGAGAUGACUAGUGAGCUCAUGCCCACAACCAACCCCAGUAUGUCCACUGGCUUCUCCAGCACCAGCACCAGCACCAGCAUAACCAUGUCCACUGGCUUCUCCAGCACCAGCACCAGCACCAGCAUAACCAUGUCCACUGGCUUCUCCAGCACCAGCACCAGCAUAACCAGUGAGAACCCCACAUCCCCCACUGAAGGAGGACCCUCAACUUCGAUCACAGCUCACCCAGUGGUCCCAUCAGGUGGAUUUGGAGUGGUGGACAUGGCAGCACUCGGAGCAACCCUGGGUGUUCUUUUGUUUGUCUCUCUGGUGGUCAUCGGGGUGCUUAUUUAUUGCAUUCAGAAAGGGAAAAAGGACUGGAAGAAGAUCCAAGAAGCGGCCAUGUUUCAAAACUCUCUAAGCCAAGGCCCAGAAGGUAAGAAGGAUGGAAUGCAGUACACCAAUGAGGCCUUCCAGGGGGAUGUUGAUGGAAGCAGCAUGGGCUCAGAUGGUCCAUAUUGGGGCAUCAAGACAGCUCAAGGAGACCAACCAACAGAGUGGAGCAUCCCUUCCAACGAGAUGAACCAGAGGUCUUCUGCUGUUCCACUCGCCAUGCUUCCAGACAACACCAGUGACACUGGCUUAGAUAAGUCUGAUGAUGAAAAAGAGGUGAGGCCCAUUCUGACCAAAGAACGACGGGUUGAGGAGGGAUACAAGUCAGUCUGGUUUAAGGAGGACAUUGAUCCUAAUGCCAAGGAAGAGGUGGUCAUUAUCCCAGACAGCAGAGAGGAUGAAAGUGAGGAGGAAGAUGACAAACCAUCAUCUAGUGGCAAAAACACACCUGACGAAAAGAAUUCACAAAUAAAAGCAUCCAGGGUCGCCUUUGCUGACUCGGACCUAGAUAGUGGUCUCGGGGUGAGGAUGGAUGAACCAGCAGACGACUCAGAUAGUGACCAUGCUCUGAACAUUUCUCUUUGAGAACCGCCAAGAGAAAGCCAUAACAGGAACCACACUCGACACACCAGCAGUCAGAGCCACAAGGCUUAAAGUUUAACGGUAUAAAUAUCAGUUUGACAAGUUAGAUCACAGGAACUUUAAUCCCCUUUCUGCUUUCUUAUGUUUGCAAAUAUGUCACCUAUAGACAAAAAUCUAAUUAAAAUCAUCAGCUCAGGUUUAGUGCAAGAUAAAAAAAACACGUAAAGGAAAAGUUACUGUCAUUUAGAUUCUGCAUAAAAUACCAACAAAAAGAGUCUGCUUCUGAAAAGAGGAAAAGCUGAAGGAUCAUCAUUAUUAUUGCUGGUUUAUCGUUUAAUUAAAACCUCGAGUUUGUUUCUCAGUGCUGAGAGAUGAGACGGUCAAAUACAGACAACAGGAAAACCGUUGCUGCUGGUGAUAAAACUGGUGAAUAUGUUUUAGUAAAACUAACUAAUCUGUUGAUCUGAAAUCAUUUAACCUGGAUUACAGCAGUAAACUCUUUGUUUAUAUGUUUCAUGGGUUGCCUUAAAAUUUUACCUCCUUUAAUAAAAACAUCCUUAAAUUUG